GUCUGGCCUCCACUAAUACAGCAAUGGGAAAGAUCAUAUUCUACGAGGACAGGAAUUUCCAGGGUCGCCAUCAUGAGUGCAUGAGCGACUGUGCUGACCUGCACCCUUACUUCAACCGGUGCAACUCCAUCCGAGUGGAGAGUGGCUGCUUCAUGGUAUACGACAGGCCCAACUACCUGGGCCACCAGUACUUCCUGCGCAGGGGGGAGUACUCCGACAACCAGCGCUUGAUUGGCAUCAAUGACUGCAUCCGCUCUUGCCGCAUGAUCCCCAUGCACCGUGGCUCCUACAAGAUCAGGCUGUACGAGCGUCCGGACAUGGGCGGCCAGAUGCAGGAGAUCAGCGACGACUGUCCCAACGUCCAGGACCGUCUACGGAUGUCCGACAUUAACUCGUGCAAUGUGGUCGACGGCCACUGGCUGCUGUAUGACCAACCCAACUACAGGGGGAGGACCUACUACCUGAGACCCGGCGAGUACCGCAGAUACAGCGACUGGGGUGGUGCCAGCCCAAGGAUCGGCUCUCUCAGGCGAAUCACCGACUUUAACUAAGAUCCUCGUUCUUCCAUCUGUUCCUAAUAAACAUGCUUGGCUUAAA